AUGACUCGAAAGAGGAUAAGACAUGAGAAAUUGUUGAAUGAAAAUAAGCGAAACUCUGUCCUCUCCAAAAGAUCUGAAGGGCUUGCGAAGAAAGCCGAGCAAUUACAGAUCCUUUGCGGGGUCGACAUCGCCAUCAUUGGCCAUCGGCAAGGUGGUGAAGGCAAUGUCAUUCUUUGGCCAUCUCCAGAAGCAGUUGAGGAGAGGGUGAACAAAUUCAUGGAGUUUCCAGAGCUUGAAAGAAAAAAGAAAAUGGUGACUCAUGAGAGUUAUCUCGAGCAAACUUUGAACACUGAAAGGGAUAACAUUGCUAAGCUCCAAAAGGUUAUGGCAGUGAAGGAGGGCCAUCAAUUGCUAGCCCAAAAGCCAUUGGACAUGAUGCAAAUAACAGAGCUAAGUAUGGUGGAAGACAUGGCAAUGGACAUGAUUAAAAAAUUGAAGAAGAGGGCCGACGAAAUUGGCCAUCCGAUGGGGACCACGUCCGGCCUAGUUGAGGGUGGUGGAGAGCUUCUCUAG